AUGGUUUUGCUAUUUCUUUUGUUGGGCAUUUUACAAGGAUAUGCUCAUUCGUCUGCCAAAACACCAAGUCCUAAGGCCCUCAUAAAUAUGAGUGAUAGCUCAUAUUCAGCUACAUCUGUAGUUACACCUACUGAGAGUCCAGGGUCUUGGACUACCAGACUUCGUGACUGGUUCAUUUAUUUGCUUAGUCUGCUAACAAAAGUUUUCGGUUCUCACAGCGAGUUCAUGCAAAAACUUUUGGGUCUAGUUGACAAGACAACAUCCGUUUCAAAUAGUUUCUUGUACAAUAAUAAGUUAUAUUGUGUAAAUUUCUUGCUGCAAAAUUACGAACUUUUUUACACUGUUUAUUCUAGCUUUCCACUUGAACUAAGCAUCGGAAGAGGAAUACGAACAACGUGCAAUGCCACAAGAAUCAUUCAAUGA